CUCGUCGUACCCAUGAUGGUGGUCCUGGGCUUUGUCUAUCUCAUCCCCUUGAUGAUGUCCGGUCCCCUUCUGGACGACAUCUGGUCCGGCUUCGACAAGAGCUGCAACCAUGUCUGGUGGUGGGUGGCCACCAUGACUCAUAACUACCAGCACGUCGUGCCAGAAUACGUAAGACGACAAGUGGUCAAGUGCAUGCCUCACUACUGGUACGUGUCCGUAGACUUCCAGCUGAUCAUCGGUGCCAGCCUCUUGCUCACAGUCCUGCCGAGGUGGCCCAAGCAGUCGUUGUGGUUCGCCGGAGCCGUGACAGUCGCCAGCGCCCUCUACACUGUAAUCCACACCUACGUCGGGGGAUAUUACCCAACAGCUCUCGUUAUAUCCACCGACAUACAAAAGCUCUUUGACACGGCCGACAAUAUCUACAUGAAGCCGUACUCUCACGCUGGGCCCGUGGCCGUAGGCAUCAUCUUCGGUUGGCUCGCAGUCCAGCGCCAUAAGCUUUCCCGCCUCGUCCAAGCAGCUUGCUGGGCCGUCGCCACAGCGGUCGGCCUCACUUGCCUGUUCAGCAUCUGGAGCUGGAACCACAACUGGAACCCCACAGGAUGGGGUCCUAUCCUCUACGGUGGCCUCCACAGGACAGCCUGGGCCCUCGUCGUUAAUUGGUUACUGUACGUUUGCGUUACCGGCAGGGGCGGCCCCGUCGGAAGGCUGCUCGAGUGGGCCCCGUUUUAUCCGCUGGGCCGCCUGUCCUUCGGACUAUAUCUCGUCCAUGUUGUGGUGUUAGGCUGCAACAUCAUGUCCAUGAGGGAUCGCAAGUCGGAGCAAGGUUUUCUCCAAAUCCAAUACUUCAUCGGUGCAGCAGCGAUGUCGUAUAUUUUCGCUUAUAUCUUGUACGUGACCAUCGAGGCUCCGAUUGCACAUUUGGACAACCUUCUCUUCGGCUUCACUAAGCGCUACAAGAAAGAAAACCAGAGCGAGGGCUCCCAACAGGUGCACAGUCAAUGCAACGGGAACCAUCGCGAAGUCUUCGUGCUGACGGACUCCAAGCCCCAGUGAAUUCUGCGGGGACAAUAUUGUGCGGGACACUGUGGUGAGAUGCUGCGUGCAAGAACACUGCCCAGAAGACAGCAUCAUCGUAUGUGGUACAUUGUACAG